CCCGGAUGGAGAAGGCGAAGCGGCGUCCGUUACACCCCCUGACCCCUGACCCCGGGAUAACCCCCAACCCCCGGCCGCGCGGAGCUGUUUCUCUGUAGAGCUGUCACAGCCUGACUGCCUGUCCCUCUCUGUCACAGCCUGACUCUGUGUCUCUGCCUGUCCCUCUUUGACUGACUCUGUGUCUCUGCCUGUCCCUCUUUGACUGACUGACUGUCUGUGAUUGUCCCUCUGCCUGUCCCUCUUUGACUGACUGCCUGUCUCUGAUUGUCCCUGUCUGUCUGACUGUCCGUCCGUCUAUCCCUCUUUGGCUGACUCUGUCUCUGAUUGUCCCUCUUUGACUGUGUAUUUCUGACUGUCCCUGUCUGCCACUGCUUGCCCCUGUCUGACUCUCUGUCUCUGUCCCUGUCUGAUGACUCUCUGUCUCAGCCUCUGUGACAGGCAGCCUCUGCCUGUCCCUUUCUGACUCUGUGUGUCUCUGACUGUCCCUCUCUGACUCUAUCUACUCUCCCUGCCCUGCUUGACACUUUCUGUCCAUCUCUGCCAGUGUCUGCCCAACUGAAUCCAUCCAUCUCUGCUAUCCCUGCCUGACUGACUCAUUCUGACUGUUUGUCCCUCCCUGACUGCCUGACUAGGUGAUGGAUGUGGGUGACAUGGAAUCCAGCGAGGAGCUGUGGGAGCGGAUUUGUGCUGGACUGGCAGCUCAGACAAGGGAUGGGAAUGAAACCGAAGCCCUGAUUGGAAGCUCCCAGCCAGCAUUUUUCUCAGAAAUAUUCAACCCGAUACCUGGGAAGGUGCUGGACGUGGACUCAGUCACCAACAGUGAAGAUCAGACAGGUGUCACUCCUUGGACUCCCCUGGCAGAUUCACAGCAAUAUUUAGCAGUAUUGGAAAAUCGCCUGCGAAAAUUAAAGGGUCUGAAUGAAGAACCGAGCUCAAAAGAGAUGCUACUCAGCCUGUCGCAGACAAAGAAGGAAUGUUGGGAUCGUUUCCUGCAUGACCAGUAUGGCUCUGACGUGUACAGCAAUGGAUACGAGGUGGACCAGAGUGCCAUUGACCACUUCAAGCGAUGGCUGCAGCCAGAAAGAGUUCCGGUCAGUGCAGAGGAAGUUCAGUACCUGAUCAACCCUGAAGGACAAUCUGCUAACCAAGAGGAGCCGAAGAGUGACAGCAGUGAUCAGUGAUGAUCCACACCAUACGUGCCCUUGACUGUGCAUUAGUGAAACAUCCAGUGGCCAGAUGGAGGCCAGAGCUGUCAUCAAAGCACUGCGCUAUCUAGCCCUUUAAAAUUCAGUGCUGGCUGAAAGGGGAAACACUGAACCUCGAUGAUGCCAACAGCUGAAUUCAGUCCCUUGAUAUUGGCUUGUGAAUAUUUUAGACAUGGAGGCAUAGUGCAAAAGUUCUCGGGACCUCUCCCACUCCACUGUAACUGAUGGCAAUCACUUUGACUUGUAUGAAGUGACAUUCCAACAAAGCUCUGUCUGUAGAGCAGGAAAGGAAGAGACAGUGUUCCUGAGAAGGAGUUGGGAUGCUCGCCAAUCACUAACUUGAUCUGUGUACCCUCCAGUGUAUUAAUGGAUCUUUACAGUGGAAAGUCAUGGACUGCUGUUUGUCAAGGGGUUUACACUCAACAACGUCCCAUUGUGCAGCUCGCCAGUGACAACAUUUAUUCAUUGGCGCAUAUUCUCUCUGCUCCGCAUCAAACAAUGCCCAAACUGUGACAAGUUCGAAACGGAGACCAACAGUCACAUUUUCAGCGCAUCAAAGAUCUCACCUGUCUUUGCAGCUAGGCUUCUGAUUAAUCCCAGUCUCCCCAAGACAGAGCCAUACAUUUAUUGUUUGACCUGCUUUUACUGUAGCAGCCUAUCUGUAUAAACAAGGGUACAAACAAUUAAAUAGGACAAUCCUAAGCUGUUACAACUUUGAGAGGAGGAAUGUGCUGAUAAUCAAGCCCCACUACUGCCUCAUUAGCAUAAAUAAGUUGGUUCAUUCACUAAAAUAGCCACUUCCUUCUCACUUGUACUGCUAUCUACAAUAAAAGAGCUUUUCACCAGG